GCUCUACUAAACAACCUCUUCACGUGACCGCCCACGACCGUGCUGGUAUUGUUUCCUUUCCCAUCAAGCUCUGCUGCGCAAGCGCACGACAGCGCUCUCUCACUCUCGACUCGCGGCGUUUCUUUUUCAUUCACAGUAUGUGGGAGGCCCAACACGCAUACAAUUUACAUGUUUGAGUUUGUGGCGGAUUUUCUAGAAAAUUCGACACAGAGAAACAGCUCAAUUUAGCCGUGAAGCCUGGAGAAUAUAGAAUACAAAGUUUAGAGAGACUUGCUGAAAAUAGACGCGCUUAUAUACAAUUUUAACAAGGAAACGGUGCAGCGAGCGGACAGGAAAAGAGCAUUGGGGUUAACAACACAGCCGCAGCCACACAGAAAACCAAUGGCGGCUACUGUGGAGGAGCUUUAUCGUAACUACGGGGUCCUGGCAGACGCCAAGGAUGAUAUCAGCCAGCACAAGGAUGCCUAUCAGGGGAUCCUAGAUGGGGUGAAAGGUGGCCCAAAGGAGAAGCGCCUGGCUGCACAAUUCAUUCCCAAAUUCUUCAAGAGCUUUCCUGAGCUGGCAGACGCAGCCAUCAACGCACAGCUGGACCUCUGUGAGGAUGAAGAUGUGUCGAUCCGUCGUCAGGCCAUCAAGGAGCUGCCUCAGUUUGCAACAGGAGAGAACCUCCCCAGGAUUGCAGACAUCCUAACCCAACUGCUCCAGUCAGAUGACUCGGCCGAGUUUAAUCUAGUUAAUAUUGCAUUACUCAGCAUAUUCAAGAUGGAUGCCAAAGGGACACUAGGUGGGCUUUUUACUCAAAUUCUACAAGGAGAGGAUAUUGUGAGGGAGCGAGCUGUCAAAUUCCUCUCCAGUAAGAUGAAGACCCUGCCUGAUGAGGUGAUGACCAAGGAGGUGGAGGACUACAUCUUUACAGAGUCCAAGAAGGUCCUGGAGGAUGUGACUGGAGAGGAGUUUGUUGUGUUCAUGAAGAUCCUGUCAGGGCUGAAGAAUCUGCAGACAGUGAGUGGGCGGCAGCAGCUGGUGCAGUUGGUGGCAGAACAGGCAUUUCUGGAACAGCACCUCAACCCAGCUGAUGCAGACAGCGUGGACAGGCUGCUGCAGUGCACUCGCCAAGCUGUGCCCCUCUUCUCUAAAAAUGUUCAUUCCACACGGUUUGUGACCUACUUCUGUGAGCACGCCCUGCCAAACCUGAGCACCCUAACCAGCCCAGUAGCUGAACUAGACAUCCAGUUAGAGGUUUUGAAGUUGUUAGCAGAGAUGAGCCCAUUCUGCGGUGACAUGGAUAAACUAGAAGUCAAUUUAACCAAGCUGUUUGACAAAUUACUGGAAUACAUGCCAUUGCCCCCGGAGGAGGCAGAGAAUGGGGAGAAUUCAGGCAGUGAGGAGCCCAAGCUGCAGUUCAGUUACGUGGAGUGUCUCCUGUUCGGCUUCCAUCAGCUGGGUAAAAAACUGCCAGACUUCCUGAUUGACAAACUCAAUGCAGAAAGACUGAAAGACUUCAAAAUCAGGCUGCAGUAUUUUGCUCGGGGGCUUCAGGUCUAUAUACGGCAGUUACGGGCUGCCUUGCAGGGAAAGACUGGGGUUGCUUUAAAGACAGAUGAGAACAAAAUAAAAGUUGUUGCUUUGAAGAUAACAAAUAACAUUAAUGUACUAAUAAAGGACCUUUUCCACAAUCCUCCUUCUUACAAGAGCACAGUGACUCUUUCAUGGAAGCCUGUCCAGAAGGCAGAGGCUGCUGGACAAAAACGAUCUACCAGUGAAGACACAACCUCCAGCUCCCCUCCGAAGAAACUAACAUUACUUCCAAAACGGGAUGCCCGGCAAAUCUACAACCCUCCCAGUGGCAAGUACAGCGGCAACAUUGGAGACUUUACUUACGAACAGAGAGGUGGCUUCAGUGGGCGAGGGAGAGGCUGGGGAGGGAGAGGAAACCGCAGCCGAGGGAGACUCUAUUAACAAGACUACCUUCAUUCCAAACCACCCACCCAACACUGCUCGGGGUGCUGCUCUGGACUGACCUUUACAGCAGCUUUGCGACAGGAACCCUCACUGCACAGACCUACAGUCACCUCCCACCUGCCCUGCCAAGGGUGCUAACCUGUCCCUUUGCGGAAGUGGGGAGAGAACCUUUUGUACAACUGGCUUUAUGUUUAUAACGAAGAUUGUUACUGUGUGUUGGUAACCAUGAUUUCAUUUUUUUUUCUUUCCCUAAAAGCCUGUAAGCUGUGAUCAUAUUAAAAAUCCUUUGUUUUCACCCAUAUGAUUUAGAAACUAGGUUUAUGAAGACGUCCCCCCCCCCCCCCCCCCCACCAAGAAAUAAAUGUUACUUAUUUUGGAAAUGUUAUAUGCCAGAGGUUGUAUUGUUAAACAUGCCUUUUAUGUUUAAUGGACACAAUUCAACAAAAACAGGGUUAAAUUGAUCAGACUUUGGAUGCUGCAAGAUGACAAUGUUUGAGACUCAGCAAAUUAACUUGGAUGACUUACUGCUCUACAAAGUAGCUGACAGCAUUUUACUUUUAUUUGGAUGUAUGCAUUUUGUUUUCCCCAUUGUUUAUUUUGCCUUGGUUUAUCUAUCUGGCGUUUACCUUUUGAAGAUAAGUGUUGAAUGAUGAGUACUUAGCCCAUUGUGGCACAGAGCUCCAGACCAUAUAAUGUGAACAGAGAAGGGGAAUAACAUACUUUUUUUAAGCAACUGAACUAUUGGAAAAACUUUUGGAUACUGUAUUUGUUGUAAUUUGUGUUCUAGCAGUGUGUACAGAUCUUGGGGCGAAGAAACGGGUUUGUGAAGAACAUUAUUGGUUUGUUUAGUUUUUAAUUCUGCGUUGUUGAAGUGUGGGCAUGCAUUUUACGUGUAUGUUUUUGUGUAAAGAGGAGGGAAGCAUGUUCAGGGAGUAGGUGUGUGUGGUUUUUUUUUAAAAUAUAUAAAACAUAGGCAAUCUGGAAGCCUAUUUGCAAGGUUUCAGCUAUUCUCCAUGAAGGAAAUUGAAACCAAAAGAGUUUGGGGAAACCAGUUGGAGGAUAAGUUUUAAACUAAUUCCAAGUUAUAAAAUGAUUAGCAGGAAUAAGUUUGGAUGUAUUGCUACUUUUACAAAAGCCAGAGUGGGGGACUUUUGACAUGCUGCAACACAUUGUCUCUGGCAGGGUUUGGUGUAAGGGGGGCAGGAGGGAUACAUUUUCUACUUUCAAAUCAAGCAUGCUUUUUGUAUUGUUUUUCUGUUAAGAUAUUUAAUAUCUUUUGAUUAAAAGCACUGAUUUGGACCAA